CUUCGAGCAUCAACAGGUUGCGACGUUCGCAAGAGGGACGUCAAAGCGAUGCAACACUUUGUUAAGAAGAUCCUCCCUGCAACAUCGAAGACGAGAACCGUGUCACGGCAGAAACUGGUUGGUAUGAGAACUGACAUUGAAGAUAUUCAUUUCUUCUUGUGGUCAUGCGAUGAAUACAAAUACGCACACCCACGUCUGAUGAUACAGAUAUGCUUUUGUCUGAUCCUUAUGGCGUGUUACGGACUUCGUUUUGGUGAAAUCAUCGAGGCUGGUAAUUACCGAGGCUCCAACGAGGGUCUCACUUAUGGGGAUGUGGAAUUAUCACUUCAUUACCAUAAGGGGCUUCCUCGAUAUCAAUUGCGGAUACAACUCCGAUAUCGCAAGAGAUACCGAAGCGAAUCGAGAGAUCAAGACAACCUUCUGUUCUAUGAGGAAACAGACGUAUCACGGAAAGCUUUUUGCCCGGUUGUUCACUUUCUCGGCCUGGCGUUGGCCGAUAACGUUUUCACUGAGUUGUGUCUCUCAACUCUGGGUGAUCGAAGGAUCCUUGUGUCGUCGAAUUCGCGCCGUUUCAGCAUAAGGGAGGACAAGAAGGGUAUGCCCAUUCUACGCAUGCUCACAGGUAGCGCACCGAACGGCAAAGUGUUGUCUGCGAGCUCGCUUUACCAUGCACUCAAAGACCUAGCCCAACGAUACGGAUAUGAGAAGCCAAUCAGUGCAUACUGCUUCCGACGGGGUUUUGCCAAUGGAAUAGAUGGCCAUAUAAGCGCAGCCAAAAAAGGACAACUGCUGGGUCAUGCCAGUGACGCAACGGGCCAGGCAUACAUUUCUACGACCGUGGCCGUUGACGCACAACAUGCCAUACGCGGAGAGAUACAGGACACGCAGUAUAUCGAGCUCGCAAGCGGCAUAGCAUACACAAGAGAUCUCAAGGCUCCAUUACCUCAUCUCGCUAAAAUGACCGCAUGUCCGCCACUUGUCACAGACGGCCAGAUUGCAAAGAUGGCAGAAUGCUUCCCCAAUCUGUCCAAAGGGGAGCUCGCGCGCAAACCGCGAAAGGAGAACCUCUCUCAUGCCCGGACCUUCGAUCUGCAGUCUUCCGUUAGUGGUCGUCUCUGCGGAAUCGCCUUAGAACAUUAUACAGAAAACGGGUAA